GUUGCAUUUUCGUUGGCAUCCAAGAGACGAGGCACAAGCAUCUUGUUGGAACCAACAAUCCAUGGUAUCACGUCCUGGGACAUCCAGCGACGCCUCAUGGACAAGAUGGAAUACAACUUUGGAUUUCAUCCUGUAUUCCUCUCAGCACCACCAAUACCUUCAUCCGACGUGAGCACAUCUGCAUUGUCUACUCCAGCUUUACUACACUCAUUGCCAAGGUCAAUAUCGGUUCCUGGAAAUGUGUUGUUGUCACAAGCAGGGCACCUCAUUCAGGUCGACCACGACAAGAAGCAUUGUCCCAUUGGAGCACUAUCACAACGGAGCUACAUCGCAAAGCUUCUGGAUGGCCAAUUUUCUACUGCGGCGAUGCAAACGCGCAUGUCGGAGAGUGCCCUACAACAUCCAUUGGAGAUCUUGCCUCGGCACAGGAAAAUCAAGCUGGCGAGGUUUUUCAUCAUUGGCUGCUGAAGCACAGUCUGAAGCUCCCUGCAACCUUUGCUGCAUCACAUUCAGGACCUGCCCAUCAUUCCUUCUGCUCACCCGAUGGCAAACAUGGCACCAGAAUUGACUAUGUUGCCAUCCCGCAAGAGCUCCAGUAUAAGGUACUGAAGUCUUGGGUUGCAGAAGACAUUGACCUUAGUGUACAUCGCACCGAUCACCUUGCCGUCCUCUGCCGAUGCACUUUUGAAGUCCAAGCCUCAAAGCAAAGACAGGCACCAUUGAAGCAGAAGUGGGACUCCCACCACCUCAAUCAACAGCUGCAGUACGAGGACGUUCUCUACACAUUGCAUUCCUCUGUUCCACCAACGCCUUGGGCGUACCACGUGCAUCAAACUGGAAUAGUGCUUUGGACUAUGGCCAAGAUCUUUGGUGAAUGUUUUUCACAUGAUACCAAUAGGUGGACGUUCCUGUUCGCCACGGCCAAGUUCUCCUCGGGCGGCAGCCACAGGUUCACAACCUUCCCUGGUGGGGGCAACACGCCUCUGGUUGGUGAACUGGCGGUGAUGCUUCUUUACAAUGGGAGCGAUGCUGCAAGCAUUUGCGGCCAUUCCAUCCUGCAAGCAGUUUGCCCAGUCCUUCUACAAGUCCUUCCCAACCAUGCCACCACUGAAGGGAUAGUAUCACGGGGUGCUGAAGAUGCUGGCAAACCCUUGGACCCCUUGUUGGUAGAGCACGUGUUGUUGAAUUUCAAGCAGGCGGGUUACCGGAAGAUUGAGGACGCCCUUGAAGCCUACGGCAUCCACAGGAAAAAUGCACAAGCGAUCAUCAAGGUAUGUUUCGAUGCUGGAAACACCUCGAUGACAAAAGAGCUCUUUGUAUCCAUGGAAAUUGAUGAUGCCAUGCGAGCCUCGCUUUCUGUGAACCUGCCAACUUCGACUUGUCAGUUCAAGAACAUUUUAGAAAUUUGGGGGGACCCACACGAAGCUUCAACAUUGAUCAAGGGAGCUGAAUCCUAUGAAGAGAAGGUGUCUCUUUCCAAGCAACUUGCUUUCCAUCCGCAAUGCUGGUGCUUUGCCCACAACCGCUUUUGUGACGUGGACUCUACUUCUGAUGUUAGAGUGCAAGGUAUCCCAUGCGUUGAUUGGAGCCAAGCUGGCCUUGGACUAGGUGUGAAUGGGCCAUUGCUGGAAACUGCUUUGGCCGCAGGGGCGAAAGCCCAGGAGACCAGAACUACCAUGGUUAUUUUGGAGAAUGUGCGAAACUUCAAACAACAUGUCGCUGAAGAUGCCUAUGGAGAAUCUUUUGACUGGCAGCGAGAGCUGGUAGAUCCUGCUGAUGUCGGUUUUGAAUUCACAGCUCGCCCAAGGAGCUCUUUGCUUCAAUGGGAUUUGCGUCAUUCCAACACCUUGCUGACACAGCCAGGGUGCCGCUGUAUGAAGUUCAUAAGACCUGGGUCAGCGAAGGCAGCGGCAAAGGCUGUACCCAAUACGCCAACCCCACACAGACCAAAGACGACUACAUCAGAUAAGAUCACAGCUCCGACUAUGUCAGCUUUGCCUGAAGAGCAGAUGGAUUUGGUUCUCAAAAACAUCAACUACACGCAUUUCAAUGAGAUCUCUUUGUCGCAUUCGCAGCUGGUUCCUGCACUUGCAUCAGAAUAUUUGCGGCGGGUCUCAACAAAUGAGGCACCUUCUGCUGAAGAACUCAAUGGGGCAGCUUUGGUUGAGAAGCAGCGCUUGGUGGUUCAGGCAAAGGCUGCUGUUCUCCAGAGUCUGCACAUUUACGCGGCCAACGACCAACAGGGAGUUGCCAGAGUUGUUGUGUCGAAUGGAACGCAGCAUGAGCAAGCGAAGCCCUUUGUCAGCACUGGACUGGAGAACCGCUGGGUGUCUGAAUUUAUCACUGUGCCGGCAGAUGGUUCUGGUGGGGUUACAACUCCCGCCCCAGCGGCGGCUCCUCCUUUGCCAACAUCACCCGCCACACCGCUCGCUGCUGGCUCCCUGCCUGGCAGUACUCAGAAGGUCUUAGAGGAUGAUGAUUUGCAGAGCUCCGCCCGCAGCAGUGCUCCAAAAUACAUCGUCUACUACCCGAAUUCACCAGAUGGGGCUGCACAGUUGCUCCAGAUGACCGGGUUUGCUGCUUCCAACAGGGCAGCUGCUUUGCCCCCGAAUCCAUCCAAUGACUAUGAGAUCAAGUUGGACCGCAAUGCUGGCGAAUACUACAUUCACAGUGAAUCCCUGUCCCUUUCUUUGUGGGAGCUGACCCGAGUUCCAUCAGCAGCAGCCGCGCCGCCUGCAGAGGCUGUUGGCAACUCGGCGCCAGCAGCAAAGGCCGCCGGAACCUCUGAGGCAACCCCCAAAAGUGGAGAGAUUGCCAAAGCUUCUGGUGCUGUGCCACCGCCCCCCCCCAAGAGUUUUUCCUACUUUGAAUUCCUAGCCCACAAGCUUAGGUUUCUGGAGGUGGCUGAUGACAUCAAAAAGGACCUGGGAAACCCUUUCAUGACCAACUCGGCGCUUCACUCUCAUUUGCGGGCAUCAAUUGGCUCGUGGAGCAGCGGUGAGGUGAAAUCGAGCCGCUUUUUCGAAUGGGGCGGAAAAUGGAAGAACAUGGCUCCAUAUUGGAGUUUCCUGAAAGUGGUCUACGCCUUUCUCAAAUUGACCAAGAAAUUGGGCGAUGGAACGAUGGAUGACACAGAGGCCAUGGCAAAGCUGAGCCUUGCUCAUGGGGGUGAAGAUGAUGAAACCAAUGUGCAAAGGUCUGAGGACGCAAACUUGUUCUUCAAACUAGUCGUGCGCUGCGCUGCACACAGGGCUUGGGUUUGUGCUUCCUGGAGCGAGCUACCACCUCACAAUUGGAGCGGGAUUCUUCACCAGGACAUUGCUGAGUCCCAGGCUUCCAUGGAUUCAAUCCACCGAGAUGCAAUGUGCGUGGAGACGGGACUUCGCUGUUUGCGAGAUCAUGGCCAUCAAGAUAAGGAGUUUUGGAUGCAUGCGAAGGAGCACAGAUGGAGCCCGAAUGCCGUGUAUGCACAUGUACAUCGACUGGCAAGCACCAGCAUUUCCACCAAGGAGACGCUCGAAGAUGUCAUAGGUGACAUCUCUGACAGCGUUUCACGGGAUGCCAAGUGGACAAGUCUGACGAGUCCAGAGCGGGUGUUUUUCAACAACGUGCAUUCAGGGCGACUCAAUUCAAUGCCGUUUGUCGGGUUGCAGAAGGGCGAUUGGAAUUCCAGAGGUGCCAAGGAAACCAGCAAGAGCCGGCAAGAGGUUUUUGGGGAGAAGGUCACCAUAGUAUCUGAAACUGGCAAGAUGAUGAAAGAGUUCUGCAAGACAGGAGCGGCUUCUACUACAAACCUUGACGUGAAGCCGGCUGGGCAACAAGCGGAGUUUCGAUCAGUGGCCAGCAUGGUGGCUCUGAGGCUUUGCGUUGGAGAUGGGCCCCAGCACUUCACCGGUGUGAGUGGUUUGUGGACCGGGGGAUUGCUGCAGGAAGGCAUGGUGUUCAAGCACCUCCCCUCUCAAAAAGUCUAUCUCUCCUUGGGCUUUGUGCAUGCUGCAGUGAUGUUGUGGAUGAUUGAGGAUGAUCUUUUCCUGGUUGCAAACUUCCAUGACUCCCCAGAGGCUGCUCGGGACAGAUUGCGGUUCGAGGCGGGUGUGCACAUUGGUGGUGACCUAGCUGAUGCUGCUAUCGAGGAGCAAUGGGUUGGCGUGCCAGUUUCCCUGGCUCCCGGACUGACCAUCAAGGUCAAGGUUAUCAAAUUUCAGGAGAAAAGAAUCACCAUGAAGAGCAAAUUGAUGGCUUUGAUCCGCCAUCAUUUUCCAGAACUUCGAGAGAAUGAUCAUGAAGAGAUGUUGAGUCGAUUGCUAGCAACUGCAAAGACAAAAACGAUCAUUCAAAGGCCAGUGAUGCAAGAGGCGUUGGAGCAAAUGAAGCAUGAGGACCCUUCUGACUUUCUGCGAGACUUUGAGGGGUUGGCUGAGAAGUUGGCAGACCAGAAGCGGGAGGAACUGAUUCGAAACCGUCUCUGUGCUCCCCGUGCUGCAGCUGAAUUCCACACUCCUGUCGUUCUCAAGAAAUUGAGACCCAAACCAGGUGUUGGAGCAUGUGUGCUGACUUUCCAGGUGCCCACCAAUUCCUUUCAAGGAUACUAUCCACGAGUUCUUACUCCUGAGCAAGAGAAAUCAAAGCGUGUCAAGAAGCACUUCAGUAUAUCUAGAACCUUUGGGGAAAGAUGGAGCCAGACGCAAGCUUUGUCGCAAGUAGUUGGCUUCCUGUGGGGGUGCCACAAGAAAGCAGGAGGUGAACCCGCCUCAGACAUGACCGACAAACCAACAUCGCAGAUGAUUGGUGACGCUCUGGAGAAAGCCUGCAAAGUUCUAGCAGGCGAAGCUGAGGACGACCCCCAGGAAGAGGGUGACGUGGAUGAGGCUGCGGCGGACCUCUCCCAGGGGACUCCUUCUGGUGACAAUGGGGAACGUGAAGAUGAGGUUCGUGAUGUUGAAGAAGAGGCUGAGGUUGCAGAGACAGAGAGUGUGGCCGAAUCUCCCAAACCUCCUCCGCCCAGACCGGUGGCAUCUGGGGCGGCCCCAAGCCGGGGGCUCCGAAUGAACCCAGUUCCGAUGCCCAAGAAGAGACCUCUGGAUGCUAGUGCAGAGGAGCCAGCCAAAAAAUCAGUGAAACCAAACCCUCCUGGCAAGAAGGGACGUGACUGGACAGACCCGUCAGAUGAUGAACAGAGCAAAAAAUAG